AUGGAUCUGUGGCUUUGGGAUGAGGUGCCAUCGCAGGAAGUUCCUCCGGGGAGCAAGCUGUCAGGACUGGAAGCAACCGACUUUGGCUUUUAUUACCCUGAAUUGGAGUUGCAAGGGAAUGCACCGACGGCUGAGACAUCCUGGAAAGGCUUCCCAGAACUGGACCGGAGUCCUGCGCUACCGCACUCCGAAGUUCCUCGGGGGACUGAGACCCCCGCUCAAGCCCUUCCGUGGUCGGGAGACUGGACAGACUUGGUCUACGACGCCUGGGACCCUUGGAGCCACUCCCCUCAGGCCGCGGGCCCCACCCCUCUCUGCCAUGACCCCGCCCCUUCUGGCGUAGACUCGGCUGGGGGGGGCCAGGAUUGCGCCCCAACGGCUGGAGCCAGCACCUCAGGGGCGCUCGAGCAGACCGCCUGGAGCGUCGCCAGCUGGGACUCUUCCGUGGACCCCAACGGUGCUACCUACUGGGACAGGGGCCUCGGCGGAGACCCCCGCGCGGACUGUACCAUUUCUUGGGGUGGGCCUGAGGGUUCGGACUGUAGCACUUCGUGGAAUCCGGGGCUGCUGCCUACGGACUGCGGCAUCUCUUCAACGGGGUUCCAGAGUCCAGCUUUUCCCGCUGAACAGAAGCAGCGAAAGGACCGUGCCAUCUUGCUUCGUUAUCCCAACACGAAUCACCGAGGUCCCAUUCAGCUGUGGCAGUUUCUUCUGGAGCUGCUUCACGACGAGGCCCGUAGCAAUUGCAUCCGCUGGACAGGCAACAGCCGCGAGUUCCAGCUGUGCGACCCCAAAGAGGUGGCUCGGCUGUGGGGUGAGCGCAAGAGGAAGCCCGGCAUGAACUAUGAGAAGCUGAGCCGAGGUCUACGAUACUAUUACCGCCGUGACAUCGUGCUCAAGAGCAGUGGGCGCAAAUACACAUACCGUUUUGGGGGCCGUGUGCCCGGCCUAGCCUGUCCCGAUGGCGCUGGGAAUGGGCAGGGAACAGAAACCCUAUAA